UGGCUAUCGUAUUCAGACAAUUUUAGUGACAUUUGUCAUACCCAUACUAACAUCAAAUUACUGUUGUAUUAGUUCCUUCUGAAAUGAAUAAAAGUGCCCAAAAUAUUAGAAGAUUUUCAACAAAACCAAAAUUACCACCUUGUAAUUUUGAACCCAAACCAUAUAAGGGUCUACCCUAUGAUGAUCUCACUACCAUUAGAAGAACUAAUUUGAAUCCAGCACUAACAACAUAUUAUAGCAAACCACUUGCCUUGCAUCAGGGAUAUAAACAAUGGUUAUUCGACAUAGACGGAAGAAGAUAUUUGGACAUGUUUGCUGGUGUUUGCACUGUGUCAGUUGGACAUUGUCACCCGAAAAUAACGAGGGCCGUAUCAGAACAAAUGGAAAUCCUAGGACAUGCUACCAACAUAUAUUACCAUACAAAAAUUCAUGAAUAUGCGAUGAAAUUAUCCGAAACACUGCCAGGAAGUUUGAAGUGCAUUUACUUCGUGAACAGUGGAUCAGAAGCAAACGACUUAGCAUUAUUGAUGGCUAGAUCAUACACAGGACGAUUUGAUGUCAUAUCAUUGAAAAACUGCUACCAUGGAAUGACUUAUCAGAUGAUGAGUUUGACGUCAAACAAUCACUAUAAGUAUCCUGUUCCUGGAUCUGCUGGAUUUUUCAAGACACUCAAUCCAGACGUCUAUAAUGGUAUUUGGGGUGGCAAUAAAUGUCGUGACAGUCCCGUACAGACAGACAGAAUUUGUUCAUGCACCGGAGAGUGCGAAGCUGGGCUGAAAUAUAUCGAACAAUUCGAGAAUGAGCUGAAUUAUCAAAUUUCCAAAAAUGGACUUGCAGCAUUUUGGGCAGAGUCCAUACAAGGCGUUGGGGGUGCCGUGCAGUAUCCCAAGAAUUAUAUUAGGCGAGUUCAUGAUAUUGUUAAGAAUCAGGGAGGACUUUUUGUGGCUGAUGAAGUUCAAACGGGUUUCGGAAGAACAGGAGAUCAUUUCUGGGGAUUUGAAGCGCAUGGUAUAGUUCCUGAUAUUGUUACGAUGGCCAAGGGGAUCGGUAAUGGAUAUCCAUUGGCUGCCGUAGCAACCACACCUGCAAUAGCCAGUGGAUUGGCUAAAGCUGGACAUUUUAAUACCUUUGGAGGGAAUCCCAUAGCCUGCACUGUUGGAAUAACUGUUCUUGAAAUAAUUGGAGAGGAAAAACUACAGGCGAAUUGUAAAGAAGUAGGAACCUAUUUACUCUUAGCUUUAUUGCAUCUUAAAUCGAAAUUUCCCAUAAUUGGAGAUGUAAGAGGCAAAGGUUUGAUGAUAGGAGUCGAACUGGUCGAAGAUAGUAAAACUAGAAAACCACUGAAUCCUGAAAAAUUUUUGAAAAUAUGGGAACACUGCAGAGAUCUUGGAUUGAUUAUCGGAAAAGGAGGACUCUUCGGAAAUGUCAUCAGAAUAAAACCACCGAUGUGUGUUACAAAAGAAGACGCAGAUUUCACCGUUGAUGUCAUAGAACAUGCUCUGAUUAGACAGGGUUAAUAAGGAAGAAAUACGCAACCGUUUCAAAUUUGUUCCUCAAGGUAUCAGCAGUCUUCUUCAACGAGGUUUUGAGUAUCCUUUCCAGUAUCUCGUAUAGCUGGGUCUAGUUCUCGAUGUCGUACUUGAACUUGGGACGAUGACACGUGUUUUAUACUUGAGGGAGCUAUGACUGCACUCGGAGGCUCAAGAAAAGUGUCUCCCUUUGAUUUAGGCGUUUCUGAAGAUACUUCAUAAAGAGCUGUAAACAUAUAAUAAUAAUUAAUAAAGAU